CUCCCUCCACACCCUGUGACGGAUCUGUCCCGCCCUCAGCCCGUCGGCUCGGCUCCGGUUCUCCAAGCUGGACUCACACGCAGAAGAAGCUGCAGAGAAGCACAGCGGGUUCCGUAGGACCAGGACGGACCAACACAAGCCGCUAUUCUCCACAGCAGGAAGGUGGGGCGCGUUGUGCACCGGCACCAACAAGCUGCUGUCCUUCAUCAUUUAUCAUUUAAAGCGGUCUCCGCGGUGGGGAUGCAGCUGGGGGUCCCACAUGGCUGCUGAGGACACGCAGAACGGUAGAACAUUCUGAUCCAUUGUUGAAGACGGGACAAAGCAUGAAGUUUGCGGCUGCGGUGCUAUGGUUCUGUUUGGCUCUUGGAGAGGCUGCGACGCAAGGCCAGGAGGACUUUUUGUCACUGGCUGAGAUGGAAGAUUCCUUGCUAAGAAACCUUUUUAAAGGUUAUCAGAAGUGGGUGCGGCCCGUCGGGCAUGCCAACGACACCAUAACUGUACGAUUCGGAUUGAAGAUCUCACAGCUGGUUGAUGUGGAUGAAAAGAACCAGCUGAUGACCACAAAUGUCUGGCUCUGGCAGGAGUGGACAGAUGUGAAGCUCAAAUGGAACCCAGAGGACUACGGGGGCAUUACGUCAAUCAGAGUGCCUUCAGAAACUAUAUGGCUACCUGACAUUGUUCUCUAUGAAAAUGCUGACGGUCGCUUUGAAGGUUCCUUGAUGACUAAAGCUAUAGUGCGCUGGGAUGGCACUAUAACAUGGACUCCCCCUGCCAGUUAUAAAUCCUCCUGCACCAUGGAUGUGACCUUCUUCCCGUUUGACCGACAGAACUGCUCCAUGAAGUUUGGCUCGUGGACCUACGAUGGGCACAUGGUGGACCUGGUCCUUGUGGACCAAUACGUGGAUCGUAAAGACUUUUUUGACAACGGUGAAUGGGAGAUUCUUAAUGCCACGGGAGUGAAAGGAAGCAGGAGGGAUGGGGUGUACUGGUUCCCAUUUAUCACCUACUCUUUCAUCCUCAAGAGGCUGCCCUUGUUCUACACUCUCUUCCUCAUCAUCCCGUGCCUCGGCCUGUCCUUUCUAACUGUGCUGGUGUUUUAUUUGCCAUCUGAUGAGGGAGAAAAGCUGUCCCUUAGCACAUCAGUGCUGGUGUCACUGACUGUAUUCCUUUUGGUCAUAGAGGAAAUCAUCCCUUCAUCUUCAAAGGUGAUCCCACUUAUUGGAGAGUACCUCCUCUUCAUCAUGAUCUUCGUUACCUUUUCCAUCAUUGUCACAGUUUUUGUGAUUAAUGUUCACCAUCGCUCCUCUGCCACCUACCACCCCAUGGCCCCCUGGGUAAAAACCCUGUUUCUUCAGAGACUGCCCAAGCUGCUGUGUAUGAGGGGCCACACUGAUAGGUAUCACUUUCCAGAUAUUGAGAUGCGAAGCCCAGAGCAGAAGUCUCGCAGGGGUGUGGGGAGGAGGGCUGUUCCUGGUCACGGUGGCAACCAGCAGCGAGGAGCCUAUGGAGGGAAGGAGGAUGAAAACCAAGCAUGGUUGGCAAUGCUGGAGAAAGCUACAAGCUCAGUUCGGUACAUCAGCCAUCACAUCAGGAAGGAGCAUUUCAUACGAGAGGUUGUUCAGGACUGGAAAUUCGUGGCUCAGGUGUUGGACAGGAUUUUCCUGUGGGCCUUCCUCACAGUGUCAAUCCUGGGAACUGUUUUAAUCUUUACACCUGCUCUGCAGAUGUACUUCAGCACACCUUCGUAAACUCAACCUCACAAAAAAACCUUCUCUUGGCAGGCUCUUCAAUUUAGUCUAUAAAUUAUUACUGUGUAUUACUAUUGUAAAAAUAAACAACAACCUCAGGCUCCAUGCUUCCCGUUCCUAACAGUAUGGUUUGCAGCCUCAAAUUACUCCUGUAAACUGUAAUGUCAGAAAUUCAACCUACCCUUUAUUCCAAACUGCAUGCUCAGGGGUGUGAAGAAGUAAGAGCAAUAAACAGGUUAAAUUAGUGUGAAUGAUUUAGGCAUCUUUUUUUUUUCUAUGACUGUAAUAUUGCAGUUCUAAAUGCAAUAAAAUGCACAAAUAUGA